CUUCGAGUCUCCGAUAGGAGAAGAUAGGAAACGGGCGUAACUGCUGCGGAGACCGUUUUUCGGAUGCGACUAGAGAGCGUUUUCAUUUCCCGACACUCGCUGUGCGUCGUGUACAAGUGGUUAUAUGUGCCCGUGCAAUAUGAAGAAUGGAAGCAGACGAUGUGACUAUCAGAGAGCAGAAUUUCCACAGCCAAGUCCGAGAGUAUAUCAUAUGUUUCCUGCUUUUUGCCGUCCUGUACAUUGUGUCCUACUGCAUCAUAACGAGAUACAAGAGGAAAGCUGAUGACCAUGAGGACGAAGAUGCCAUAGUCAACAGAAUAUCGCUGUAUCUGUGCACCUUCACGCUGGCUGUCUCUGCGGGGGCCGUGCUGUUGCUGCCUUUCUCCAUAGUCGCUAAUGAGAUCCUGCUCUCCUUCCCCAAGAAUUACUACAUCCAGUGGCUCAACGGCUCACUCAUCCAUGGCCUGUGGAACCUGGUGUCUCUCUUCUCCAAUCUCUGCCUCUUCGUGCUCAUGCCCUUCGCUUACUUCUUCCUGGAGUCAGAGGGAUUCGCCGGAUCGAAGAAGGGCAUAAAGGCUCGCAUCCUGGAGACGUUUGUCAUGCUCUUCCUGCUCGGCCUGCUCAUCCUGGGCAUCGUAUGGGUGGCGUCUGCGCUCAUCGACAACGACGCCACCAGCAUGGAGUCGCUGUACGAUCUCUGGGAGUUCUACCUGCCGUACCUGUACUCCUGCAUAUCCCUCAUGGGAGGCCUGCUGCUCCUCAUGUGUACGCCUGUUGGACUCUCCCGCAUGUUCACCGUCAUGGGCCAGUUACUGGUGAAGCCGACUAUUCUCGAAGACCUGGACGAGCAGAUCUACUGCAUCCAUCUGCAGGAAGAGGCCCUCCAGAGGAGACUGAAUGGGACGGACUCCCACUCCCAGGAAAGCCCCCAGCAUCUGCACCGAGAGCUGGACGGCAUCCGGAGCCAAAAGAACAAGCUGGAGAGGAGGAAGAAAGCGUCAGCGUGGGAGAGGAAUCUGCUCUACCCCUUUGUCAUGCUAAUACUCCUGACUGGAACUGCCAUCUCCGUGCUCCUGGUCGCCCUCAACAUCCUGUACCUGCUGGUGGACGAGACGGCCAUGCCGAAGGGAUCCAAGGAGAGAGGAAUAGGUAAUGUGUCGACAUUCGGCGUGGUGCAAGCAGCGGUUGAAAUCAUUCUUAUGUUUUAUCUGCUGGUGUCUUCUGUCGUCGGUUUCUACAGCCUGCGUGUGUUCGAAGGUCUGACUCCCAGGAAGGAUGACACCACCAUGACCACGAUCAUCGGAUGCUGUGUGUCGAUCCUCGUGCUGAGCUCGGCGCUGCCGGUGAUGUCGCGGACGCUGGGAAUCACGAGAUUUGACCUCCUUGGGGAUUUCGGGAGAUUUAAUUGGCUGGGAAACUUCUACAUCGUCCUGUCAUACAAUCUGCUUUUCGCCGUGGUGACGACCCUCUGCCUCGUACGGAAGUUCACCUCAGCUGUGCGAGAAGCUCUCCUUAAGGCCUUGGGUCUGGAUAAACUGCACCUCUCAAACAGCCCUUCAGACCCAGAACCCCCCAAGCACUCUGCGAACGGCCAUCAGAAGUCUCUGUGAAGGAGACCCGGGGCUUGCCGUGGUGGUGGUCGUCGGGAGGAGCGCUCAGCUGCGCCACAUUCCAUUGCCCUCCAGGUCCUUCUCUUGGGCAUACACCCACUGAGAGAAGGGGUCCCGAAUCGGCCUGUCCCUCCCCCUGCAUCAGCAGAGCCAGUUUGUAAACAAUCCCAUGGGGUUCUCUGACUGACGGGAAAAUGGGGAGGAAAUGCAAGUCGCGUCGCUACGUUUAGCCCGAGUCAUGAAUUUGGCAUUCAUCAGUCGUCGGGGGCGACGUCUCUCCCAUUUAUGAUGUCACACUCUGUUGCUGUUGUCAGGCUCUCUGUUCCUCCAGCUGUCUUCCACAUGUCACAUCACGUUACUGAGCUAUCGGUCCUGUUCUCUGGUCCUUUUUUGUGCCCUUCAUGUUGUUAGAAAGACAUCGUCAAGAUAUUGAUAAUACUGAUCUGAAAAAAAGUCAUGAUGUAGUUAUGAAUGAAUCUGCAGUUUUCUUCUGCUGUGCUGCUCUGUGAUGAUUCCUCUCGUAAGAUCUCUGGUAGUUGUACUUUUAGGGGGCAGCCUGCGGAUUGCAUCUGGAUUAUUAUGGCUAGUUCAGCUGGGGAAUAUUUUUAUGAGCGUACUUUAACCAUUCAUACCAUGUCUUAAGAUCUUCCUGGGAUUAAAGCUAAACACAGGUAACAGAUAUUCGAAUAUGAAUGUACUGUAGCGGCAGGGCAUUCAGCAAGCAGCCAGUGUGCGGAACUUGGCAUUUCUCUAAAUCAGCUCCCCAAUUUCAGUAAAAUUCUGGUUGAGUAACUUUCUCAGGGCAUUUACAGUACCCCCCCCCCCCCCCUGAAAUGCAGUACAGAACCCACUGGGCCAAGUCAAGUCCCUGGCCUUAAUUACUAGACUAGCUGCUGCUCCUACACAUGGUAAGUGAGACUUCAACUUCAUCUCCAUGAUGAGGCUACAGACAUGGUGCUGGGUCCAGUCCCCAAUCCCCACAUGGUUGUCUGUUUUGGGCUUCCUCACCCCUGAGGACAGCAGUUAAACUUCUGGGUGAGGAUUUGGUGUAAAUUUGUGGUGAGCGUUACCGUCCGUCAUCUCUGACCGACUGCGGAGCUGAAGUGAGGCAACUUUGGGUUUCUGUUCAGCUGAUUGGCCCUUCAGAGGUGACCACAGAGAGCUAGCAGUGAGGGGGGUGCGGGUCCCCCAUCCACAUCAAGGUGGGAUUUUGAAGAGGCAACUGCAGUUUUGUUUACUUCCUUGAAUGCUAAAAAUGAGUGUACCUUUAAUUUCAAAAAUAUCUUGAUGUUAUAGAUGGUGAACACCUGCUAGACCAUAACCCAUGAGCAAUAUUAAGCGAGGAACUUCCUGUCGCUGGUUAAUUUUAUUCUUUUAAGCUUUUAAGGCCAGAGAACAGCUUCUUAGUCCGCACCAGGCUGCCUCCUGCAGGUAAAAGCCUUGGUCGCCUUUGUUGACCCAUCGACUUGCCGCCUUCCUGGACAAGCGCUGCAUGCGUCUCUGGGUUCCUGAUGUCCAAUCAGAAGUCACCUUUUGUCCGUUCGUGUAUAGCGUGUUCAUAAGACUUUAUACUAAUGCUGGAUAUCACUAUGGUAGAUAUAUGCAUUCCAUAGAUGCCACAGGGACAAUUUCAGAUUUUCAUUUUUAUAUGUUUCAUCGUUUUUCUUUUCCUGCUUAUAUAUGACAAUGAAACCACUGAGAGGAUAUGAACAGCUAGACCUGUAGAUUAGUUUGGGACAGAGGUAUCAUUUACCAAAGUGGGUGUAGGACUGUUUGUACGUUGGUAGUACGGUGUGAUACAAACUCCUGUUUAGAAAACGCCCCAGUGUAGCUGUCUGGCAUCUUUUAGAUCUAGUGGCUGUUAUGACCCUCUCCUUGUCCCUGGGUGUUUCUAAGCCUUAUUGUUCCGAUUUGCUUAAGUCUGUCGAAGGCCAGAGCACCAAUGUCAUUGAGCUGGUCACAGUUCAGUUAUUGCCAGUUCUGACUAAUGUCAUUGUCAUGAAGUUGCAUGUACAUAAAUAUUUCAUACCUUUUAUACAGCGAGUAUAGCGAUGACUGUACACAUUGUAAAUAAUACGAAACCUCUCAUACUGCAGUUCUUUGAUUUCACAUUUCACCUAUGUAUGCCUUAUAAGGAGAUUUUCAAAGACGUUCUUCAGAAGAUUUCUGAUAUCCUGCUUUAAAGUGAGCUUGAGUUUGUUUUUUUCCCCCCUCUUUGUUAAUGUGCGUGCACUUGUGUCUGUGUAGUUUUUUAAAAUGACAAAUUCACUGUGAACCCAUCAGCAGUAACAUCUUUAUGAGGAUCUCUUUGGUCUCUCAUAGCUGUACGGCUUUGAGGAAGUUGCUGGGUGAGGCUCUCUGCUCCAUAAAUAGUUAAGAUUUAAACAUCUGCAAAAUGGAAAAUUAGGUUAAAGAUUUGGCAUGGUGGGUUGCAGCGUCUCGGAUCGUAAGGGGCUGUGGCAGAUGUAAUUAGAGCCUACAUUAGAGCCUUUUUAUGAACAGUUGACAUGCAUAUUUCAUUUAUGUCACGCAGAUGCUGUUUAGUCUAGUAUAGUGCCCCCAUUGGUAAUACGUUGUAACAGCAUUAAUUUCAACUAGAGUACUACAAAGAUGAUUGAAGAUGUUCUGUAGAUCAAAUACAAAUUUUUACCUGCCAAAAUUUUACCCCGCCUGUAUUUCAAUAUAAAGGUAGUAGUGCUAAACUUUGCUAAACAUUUUCUUUGGCUGUGUAGAUAUUUCCUCCUUAAAGAAAGCUACUGUGAACAAGUUGUGUGUGUGUGUGAUGUUUGCUGGUAUAUGUAAAGACCUAAUUCGAUAAUUGCCCAUAUUUUCAUGUUCCUCGAACAUCUGUCAGCUUUCUUUUCCCUUUUGCUUCAAACAAACCUUCUAAAUGUGAAAACCCUGAGUAGUUGUUGAGGUAUCAAUAUAUCCACUUGUCAUGUUGGUGUGUCAGAAGUUGGCCAUAUCUUAGACAUGUAAUUUACAUUUAUUUGUAAAUUUUGCAGAAGCAGCCUAAUGCAUCUGUGAGGAAAGUGUAGAAACAUUUAAGCAUUUGUCUUGUGGAUGGUUCUGGAGAAUAGCGGGAGUGGGAGAUUUAAAAAAAAAAAAAAAAAUUUCAUAAAAAUUCAUAGUCGAUUUGUUGCAUGUAGAGUUACAACCUUCCAUUAUGUGUCGCCUCUGUUUGCAGUUGAUGUUCUAGAGUGUUUCCAUCACGUUUUUAUUUUGUUAAUGUGUUGUAGGUACAGUGCUUCAGUGCCAUGCCCAGUGCUGUGUCCUGUGAGUUUUUUAUACCACAGUUCUGUGGGUGUUUUUGUCUGAGUCUAAUGCAAGUGCAUUAGCUUGCUCGUUGGGUUGUCCAUUUAUACCGUCCAUUCCAUGGCUCACACAGCACACCGUUUACGUCCAUGCCGAAUCCGGACUCUUCUUUGCAACCCGCCCACGUCGACCACGUGUGCUAAUAGGGGGUUCAUUCUAGUAUGAGUGCAGUGGGCAUCCAUCUCGCAUUGUUUUAGCUGUAAAUCCCAACCUCUUCAUUGGACAAUCUCUAGCCCUGGGUGCCUCUACUGGUUCAGGGGCUCCAGGUGGACCGAAUGAACAUUUUUGGUUGCCUUAUCGUGUCUGUCAUUUAUUGUCGCUUUAAGUUGAGGAAAAAUGACAAGUGUCCGUGUCUGCAUGUCAUUCCUGAAAACGAUGUGAAUGUAUUUUGGAUGAUCAAUGUUUUCAUUUGCGAAACAUUCUCGAUACUUGUAUUGGUUUACAUUGUGUAAUUUUUUUAGUUUACAAUAAAGUUUGUGACUUGUG